AUGUUUGAAUCGUUUGACUCUUCCGUUGCCGCCUCAGACUUCCAGUUGCCACGCGAACGACCCUCUUCCACAAGAAGUUCUUGGGGUUUACGAUCUUCGACAAAUCUCAAAGAAAAAACAGUCAAAUUUGUUCGAGGAGAAGUGUUUCGACAUUUAAAUUUGAGCAUUUAUACCAAAACUGGACUCUUGUUGCAAGUACUGAGAGAGGAAUUUGAAGAUGAACGAUUAUCUUACUUAUUAGAUCCACUAACGAAAAAAGAAGUUUCCUAUGAAGAGUUGUUCAAGUUAGAGGCGGUGUUAGUGUUGGAAGAUGCUGAUGAUGCAGAUUAUAUGGUACAUUGUUAUUUAAAAAGUUUGAGCAAUCGCAGCAAUUACAUGCUUUAA